AUGACCGAGAUUAUACCUGGGCGGAUCCAAAAUGGUUAUCCCGGACUUGCGAAACUGUUGGCACAAGAUUUAAACGAAUGGUCAGGAAUCUUCAAGCAGUUCGCUGAGCUCAACGUCCGCAACUUGCUGUAUAUGCAGGCUGAACUUCUUUGUUUAGAACAAGAACUCGAGGCUAUCACUCAUGUUGAUGAGAAUGGAAAUGAUCCGACCACGAAGAACUUCGCCAGAAGUGUAUGGGAGAUGAAGAAAGCGCCCAACAGCCCGCAGUGGGACAAGAUCCUUGAGAUCAGAAAGAAGCUAAGGGAAUACAACGAUUGUUUGCUCCAACAAGCCCGCGUUUCAAAGCUGGAUCGAGCCCAAGUCUCCGAUUCGAGAUGGUUGAGAUACUGGUUACAGCACAAUGAAGGUGGUAGAGACUUCCUCAAAGGAUGCGAACACCGGGCGUAUGACGAAUUGGAGCAGCCAGAUCUUAUCGUUGUGUCAAACAAGUCUUCUGAUGACAAGUUCUUACAGUGGCUAGAGCUGAGCUUAGUACCUCGCCUUCCCAACAUCAUAUACGAUCUUCUCGUAAAAAUCUUCGGCAUAGGAUCGCUAUGA